GUAGCACGCUACGCCGUAGCACCAUGCGGUUACGAAGUGAUGUUUGAAUUUAGAACUGCGUUUGUAAGAACUUUAUUCGUAUGAUUCCAUUCGAGAUAUGAAUUUUCUUAAAGAAAUUUGGAACACUUUGAUAUGCAAUUCAAAUGGGCUAUGAAAAUAUGAAGACGUCGACUGCCUUGAUCCUGCUGGUACAUUUAUCCCUCCACACAGUUGAUGAAGGGCACGCCAUAAAUCCGAGUUGCACAUGCCUCCGGUUCACGUCGACGUACGGCAAGGAGCGCGGCACAUUCAGCAGUCCGGACUACCCGCGACCCUACCCGCCACGCCUCGAUUGCCUGCUCUACACCUUCCUUGCUGCUCCGCACCAAAUCGUUGAACUCGUCUUCACCGACUUCGACAUUUACAAGGAGCAUCUCGAUUGUAUACGAGGCGAUUAUCUGAAAGUAUACUCCGAAGGUGGAACACAUGGACCUGGACCACCUGGCGUGAAUGAGUAUUCCGCCUGGUCUAGGGCACUCUGUGGUAGCAGACUCGAAGCACCGCCAGCUUUGUACUCGCAUGGACCAUUACUAGUUUUGGAGCUGCAUACUGGACCAAGUGCAUCCAAUGCCACUGGAUUUGUAGGGACCUAUAGAUUUAUAGACAGGCGUAAUUUCGAAACAGAUGGCGUAAAAGUACCAGAUACAUGGUGCGAUUUCGUCUUCAAUUCACAACCAAACAGACCAGCUCAUGGUCGAUUAUAUAGUCCUCGAUACCCUUCGAGCUAUCCUAGCAAUAUUAGAUGUACUUAUCAUUUUAGUGCAAGACAACGUGAACGAAUCAAAUUAGUAUUCGAAGAGUCAUUCCUUCAGAAAGGAGAUGAAAGUUGUCUCAAUCGAGCGGAUAUAAUAAAAGUUUUUGAUGGAAGAUUAUCGACGGCACCUGUACUUGCAAUGAUUUGUAAUGAAAUUGUAGGUUAUGAAAUUUUAUCGACCGGCCCGGAUCUCUUAGUCCAAUUUACGGCAAAUUCAAACAUACCAGGACAAGGUUUCAAAGCAAGUUACCAGUUCCAUAUGGAUGAUAACUCUAGCGCAGAUUCAGAUAUUAAAAAGUCGAGUACGACAGAAUCGAUAUCCGGUUUAGGACCGGCAGUCAGUGCUGCAACAUCAUCAUGUCAUCAAGUGUUCAACAGUGACAAGAGUAAGAGUGGCAAAUUAACCUCUCCAAUGUAUCCCUCCCCGUAUCUCCAGAAAACGCAAUGUCACUAUGACUUUCUAGCCCGAGGCAGGGAGCGCGUGAGACUAGUGUUCGAAGAUUUCAGCUUACAGAGAAUGACUGAGAAUAUUAUCGACUGCGAAAGUAUGGACUCCCUUGACGUGUUUCUGUAUGUAGACGGUCGACUUGAGAAAAUGGCUUCCUUUUGUGGCAACGAAAUACCGAAGCCUAUAAUGUCAAACGGACCAAAGCUAUCGAUCGAAUUCCGUGGAAUUUACUCAUCGAGACACAGUAGGGGUUUUAAGAUAUCUUACGCCUUCGUUGAAGACUACGGGAUCACAUCCGGGAGUCAGCUGUUAGAAUUUCCAUGUGCCUUUGUAUUUAAUAGCAGUAAGAGAGAGAAGGGUGUCGUGACUUCACCAAACUAUCCCGGCCUCUAUCCAAGGGAUACAGAGUGUAAUUAUUUCUUUUAUGGAAAUGAAAAUGAGAGAGUACAUUUGCAGUUUACCUACUUCGAUGUCGAAGGUGUAGUGCCAUGUGAAGCAGUAUCAGCUAGCGACUAUGUACAAUUCUCCAGUCAAAUGAUAGAUGCACAGAGUCACAGACACUGCGGUCAAGUAAAGGAAUUACAAGUUACUUCAGAGAAGAAUUUCCUCAGGAUCACAUUCAAGUCCAAUGAUAGAUUGGACGGUACUGGCUUUAAAGCAGACUACUUGUUCCUUAGGGACUCCGAGAUGUACAGCAUCACUAUGCCGGAUACUGAUAGCGGUACGAGGUUGUGUACAUCUAUUCUGGUAUUGUUUAUGUGUCUAUAUGAUGUAAUAAUGACGUUGAGAUAGUGAAAUACAGG